AUGAGUAAUCCACAGAAUUUCGAUAUAUAUAAUUUGAGAAGAAUAGGAAAAGUAGGAGUAAGCGUAGGUGCAAUUUUGGGAUUAACAUCUUUCAGUAGUUGGUUAUUUAAUAACAGCUUAUAUAAUGUAGAAGCUGGGAAAAGAGCAAUAAAAUAUAAUAGACUUUUUGGAUUGUCAAAUAAAAUAUAUGGUGAAGGUACUCAUUUUUUAAUACCCUAUUUUGAAAGGUGCAUAAUUUAUGAUGUAAGAACUAAGCCAAGAGUUUUAAUGUCAUUAACAGGAUCUAGAGAUUUACAAAUGGUUAAUAUAACUUGUCGUGUUUUGUCCAGACCUAAUGAAAACAAAUUAGUAGAGAUAUAUAGAACUUUAGGAAAAGAAUAUGAUGAGAAGGUGUUACCAUCUAUUAUAAAUGAAGUAUUAAAAAGUGUGGUUGCACAAUAUAAUGCUUCUCAAUUAAUUACACAAAGAGAAGUUGUAAGCAAAUCUGUCCAAGAACAAUUAGUUCAAAGGGCAAAGGACUUUAACAUUCUUCUUGAUGAUGCAUCAAUAACACAUUUAAGUUUCAGUAAUGAAUAUGAAAAAGCUGUUGAAGCUAAACAAGUAGCACAACAGGAAGCUGAAAGGAGUAAAUAUAUCGUUUUAAAAGCUGAACAAGAAAAAAAAUCAACAAUUAUUAAGGCACAAGGAGAAGCUGAAGUAGCCAAAUUAAUAGGGUUAGCUGUAAAGGAUAAUCCAGCUUUUAUGGAAUUAAAAAAAAUAGAACUCUCAAAGGAAGUUUCGAAUAUAAUCUCAAAAUGUCAAAAUAAGGUUAUGUUGUCCACAGAUUCACUUCUUAUCAAUUUUGCCAAAUGA